GAGCACGAAGCAUUCGACGCGAAGUCCAUGACAGUGUUCACAUGCGAUGCAACGGAGACAUCGUUGACAGACAAUAUACCCGCCGAGAGCCUAGACAUGGCUUCAUUGAUGUUUGUACUGUCUGCUAUGCACCCCAAUAAAAUGCACAGGGCAGUUCUGAAUGUAGCAGCGGUGCUAAAACCCGGGGCGAUCGUCAUCUUCCGCGACUAUGGCAUGUAUGACGAAGCCAUGUUGAGAUUCAAAAGUGGAGCGAAGUUAGCCGACCGCUUCUAUGUACGCAACGAUGGCACCCGAGCUUUCUACUUUGACCUCAAUGAAGCAGAAGCCCUCUUCAGGCGGUGUGGCCUGACUGUAGUACACGCUGAAUACGCCAAGCGAGAGGUGGUCAACAGAAAGGAGCAGAAGACUAUGAACCGCAUAUUCGUGCAAAUGGUGCUGAGGAAAUGAAUUGGCUCUAGCUCAUAUCACAAUAUUUAACAAUUAGGUACCAUACCGAGGUUUGAGUAUAUAGUUAGCAAAUUGAAUCAUUAAUAAUUAAGUACAAUUCUAGGUUGUUAGUAUAUAAUUAGUAUAUUAAAUCAUUAAUAAUUAGGUACCA